AUGAGCGACUCCAAGGAUAUCAAAGUUAUCCGUGCCACCAGCGUCGACCUUGGCCGUGACUAUGGCACCGGCUCCAGCUCUCGUUCUCCCGUCGAGCAUGGACACCCCGAGAUCAUUGAAGCAAGCCCCGAGCGCGGUCCCAUCGCCCUCAGUGACGAAACAGGCGCCCCUACCAAGCCGUCAUGGCGCUCCAAGUUUGCAUUUUUCAAGACGAAGGAUUUUUGGCUUAUUCUGUGUCUGGGCCAGAUACUGGCUAUCUGCAUUACCGGCACAAACACGUUGACAAGCUUGUUGGUAGAGGAAGGGACCAGCAUCCCCGCCUUUCAGACCCUGUUCAAUUACGUAUUGCUCAAUUUCGUCUAUACGGGUUACACUCUCUACAAAUAUGGCUUUAAAAAGUGGCUGCAGAUGGUUAUCAAGGACGGUUGGAAAUAUAUUAUUCUUGCGUUCUUCGAUGUUGAGGGCAACUACUUCACUGUCCUCGCCUACCGCUACACUACGAUCCUCUCGGCUCAACUCAUCAAUUUCUGGGCUAUUGUCGUCGUCGUGGUUAUCUCUUUCCUCUUCCUCCGCGUGCGAUACCACUGGGCUCAAGUCCUCGGAAUCUUCGUAUGCAUCGGUGGAAUGGGUCUCUUGCUGGCCUCAGACCACAUCACCGGCGCCAAUGGCGGGGACGUUUCUUCCGGUAACCAACUCAAAGGCGACCUGUUUGCUUUGUUAGGUGCGACCUUUUAUGGUCUGGACAACGUCUAUGAGGAGUGGUUUGUGUCUGGCCGCCCCCUCUAUGAGGUGAUCGGCCAGCUUGGCUUUUGGGCGACCAUCAUCAACGGCGCACAGGCCGGCAUCUUUGACCGCCACUCCUUCCACACCGCGACCUGGAACGGCAAAGUCGGCGGCUAUUUGGUCGGCUACACCCUCAUUCUGUUCAUUUUCUACACGCUCGUUCCAAUCCUGUAUCGCUUCGCUAGCGCGGCAUUCCAAAACAUCUCCCUCUUGACCGGAAACUUCUGGGGUGUUAUUAUUGGAUUACAGGUGUUCCAUUUACACGUGCAUUGGAUGUAUCCCAUUGCAUUCACACUCAUUAUGAUUGGCCACUUUGUUUAUUACUUCGGAAAGGGUGUGAUGGGCGAGGCAGCCAAGGCCUGGUUGGGUGAGAACCAGGAGAAAGGAAUCGACGGAUUUGGGAGUGCGAAGAGGAAGAUUCGGCUGAUGCAGGAGAACGCGGCCGGCACCCGAGGUGGUGAAGGGACAGAAAGUAUGGGUGUGGUGUAA